CCGUACACCAUACUCUCCAGAAUUCCCUCCAAUACUACCUUCUUCUCAGUCCUUGACCUCAAGGAUGCCUUUUUCACCAUUCCCUUACACCCAGAUUCCUAUUUCAUCUUUGCCUUCACCUGGGAAGACCCACUUACUGACAACUCCUGUCAGCUCACCUGGACAGUUCUUCCCCAAGGUUUCAGGGAUAGCCCUCACCUGUUCGGUCAGGCCCUGGCAACAGACCUUCUAGGCUGCCACCUAGCCCCAUCUAUUGUUCUUCAGUAUGUUGAUGACCUACUCGUCUGUUCCCCCAGCCAGGAAGAGUGCACCCGAGCCACUACUGUUCUGCUCAACUUUUUAGAAGACAAAGGGUAUAGAGUUUCAAGAAAGAAGGCCCAACUCGUUACCUCAUCAGUCAUUUACUUGGGCCUACAGCUUUCCCCAGGAAAGAAAUCCAUUAUCCCCGAUUGACUGCAGGCCCUGAAAGCCCUCCAACCCCCGCAGUCUGCCACUGAAAUACUCUCCUUUCUAGGGGUAGUGGUAUUCUUCUGGCAUUGGGUGCCCAACUUUGCCCUUCUGGCCAAGCCACUUUACCAAGCAGCCGCAGAUACUCCUGAAGGCCCACUUACUUCACAGGGAACAGUGACUCGAGCCUUCCACAUGCUCCUACAAGCACUAUGCACUUCAACUUUUCUUGCUCUACCCAAUCCCAAUCUUCCUUUUCACUUGUAUACGGAUGAGAAAGACCACAUCGCAGUAGGAGUCCUGGCUCAACCAGUCAGCAACACCCUCCUUCCUCUAGCAUACCUUUCCAAACAACUCAGCCCCACAGAAAAGGGGUGGCCACCUUGCCUCCGAGCCUUAGCAGCAGCCGCCACACUUAUGACAGAGGCCCUUAAGAUCAACCUCCAGCAACCACUCACAGUAUUCUCCCCUCACAAACUGCAGGAGCUUGUAUCCUGUCAGGCCUUACCACACCUCGGGCCGUCCAAAGUCCAACUCCUGCACCUUCUAUUCCUAGAGAACCCUGACAUUUCUCUCUCUCACUGUCCUGCUCUUAACCCAGCCACCCUUUUCCCUUCUCCAAUGGCUCCGGCACAAGAUCACCGAUGCCUCGAGGUUAUCAUUGAAACCCAAUCCCCAUGGCCCGACCUACACUCCACCCCCAUCGAGGCUGAAACAACACUCUUCGUAGAUGGGAGCUCCUUCCUACAUCCAGGAAAACCCCGUAUUGCUGGAUAUGCAAUAGUGACCCAUUCAGACGUCAUCGAGACUCAUUCCCUCCCCUUAGGAACCACCUCGCAACAGGCUGAGUUAGUCGCCCUCACCCAAGCUCUCAAGUGGGCCAGGGACAAAACUUUCAACAUCUACACAGACUCAAAGUAUGCUUUCCUUAUUGCACACUCCCACUGUAUGAUCUGGAAAGAGAGAGGAUUCUUGACCACCAAGGGCACCCCGGUAGUUAACGGAAAACUCAUAUCUGAUCUCAUCUCAGCCAUCCAGCUUCCAAAGCAGGUUGCCAUCAUUCACUGUCUAGGACACCAAACCUCCAGGUCUCUAGUAGUCUUAGGUAAUGCUUUUGCGGACAGGACAGCCAGGGAGACAGCACAAACCUGCCCACCCCCAAAAGAAAUCUACUUCCUGUCACGCCACUACCAACCCCAGUAUUCCCCCUCUGAGCUCGAACUUUUACAGCAAAACCCUGGAGUGACCUUCGGGGAUGGAUGGGCCUUCAAUCACAACCUUCUUAUACUUCCCCAAGCACAAAAAACUACCAUGAUAAAGGACAUCCAUGAUUCCCUGCAUAUUGGGCCAAAACCCUGCUCCACUUCCUCCUACCCAUAUUACAUCCAGAAGGGCUUCCCUCCCUCAUUCAUCAAGUCCAUGCUCAAUGUCUCAUUUGUGCGAAGACCAACCCCCAAGGAGCCUGUCACCUCCGCCAACAGCUCCACCAGUUGCGUGGAUCUUUACCAGGACAAGAUUGGCAAAUUGAUUUUACUCACAUGCCAAGACAUAAACAGUUUUGGUUCCUGUGAACCAUUGUCGAUACUUUUUCAGGCUGGAUUGAAGCUUUUCCCACCACUUCAGAGUCCGCCAACACCAUUGCCGCCCAUCUCAUCCAGGACAUCAUCCCUCGGUUUGGGCUUCCAGCCACUAUUCAGUCAGACAACGGCCCGGCCUUUGUCUCCAAAGUUACUAACGCUGUCUGUGCUUCCUUAGGAAUUCAGUGGAAGCUGCAUGUGGCCUACCACCCCCAGUCAUCGGGUAAGGUAGAACGGGCUAACGGACUCAUCAAGGAUCAGCUUACCAAACUCUCUCUCGAGCUUAAGCAGUCAUGGGUCUCUUUACUACCGUUAGCUCUUACCAGGCUGCGGGCCCGCCCCCGAGGAGCCUCACAGCUCAGUCCAUUCGAGCUUCUAUAUGGGCGACCCUUCCUGUUAUCCACUCUACCUUCUCCAGAAAGUUCCCCCCGAACACCUACCUUCCCUAUUUUACCCUCCUCAGACAUCUACUCAGGGAACACGCCAACGCUUCCAUACCCCAGACCUCAGAAAUUCCACCCGCUCUGGGAAAGGUUGCCCCCGGUGACUCUGUCUUCAUUAAAACUCUCACUCCAAAACCCCUCUCACCCCGGUGGGAAGGGCCCUACACCGUCAUUUUAGCCACCCCAAUGGCCAUCAAAGUUGCUCAGAUUCCAUCUUGGGUCCAUCUCUCAAGAGUAAAAAAGUAUCCCGAUGGCCCUUCCAGUUCCCGUUGGGAGUGUGUUCCUACUGGUCCUCUAUCACUUAAGCUCUUUAAGCCCUGAAUUGUCCUUAGCUAACCCACAGUAUGUCUGGAGAUUUUUUCUCACUAAAAAUUAUACCAAAACUACUGGGAUUUUCUCUACCCCUCCUUACUCCCAUAACCACCUCCUGACCACGUCAGAUUGCCCCAUCACAGGAUGUGUAUUCCCCAUCCAACUCAACUUCUCCACCCUUAACAACGUCCGCAGUACUCACCCAUUGCUAUGCUUUAACUAUAAACAGACAGGUGCUUGUAAGACCUCCAGUUGGCACUCUUGUGUGGGAUGUGUCUGGGGCUCCUGUCAGCAUGAGCCCACAGCUAAUGAAUGGGAGCAGGGUGGCCGCUUCCCUUCCCUCCUUAAGAGGACCACAAAAUUCGACUCAGAAGGCAAUCCCAGCAAAGAGAGCCAGCUUACUCUAACCAUCCCAGAUCCCUGGGAUGAUAGAUGGCAAGCACCCCAAAAGGCCUCAGUCUACGAGACCAGUACCACAAGUUAUCCAUCCUCACACUUAUAUAUCUGGCGGGCGUAUGUCCUCACCUCUCCAGAAAUCCACAACACGAUCCAAGUGCAAGAAACUACAUUAAAAACUCAGCCCCUUUCUCAUGGUUAACCCUCAUGAGAGAAGGCCUAAAGCUCACCAACCAGACAGGGUUAACCAAUCUGACCUCUUGCCUCCUGUGUGCUACUCUUGGACAAACUCCUCUAGUUGCAGUCCCAACCAUGUUCCCUACACAUCACACCAACGGGACAGGCCGACACCCCCCAAUUCCAGACGUCCCACUCUUCUACCUCAACACUUCACCCUUUUCGGCCUGCUACUCUUCUCAGAGCUCAGACCCCACAUGCAACAGGACUCAACAACUCACAACUAAUCUAACAGCUCCCCGAGGUUUUUACUUUUGGUGCAACGGUACCCUUUCCAAACUACUAACCCAGUCCGACCUUAGAGGACAUUCCCACUGUCUCCCUGUCACCUUGGUCCCAUGCCUCACUGUCUAUUCACUGGCUGAGUUCCUUAUGAUGCACACUAGCAUGUCUUCUGCACACCCCAGCUCCCAUCGUCAACGAAGAGCUGCCUUUCUUCCCAUAGCUAUCGGGCUCUCCCUCGCAGGAUCCACAGCUGCUCUAGGCCUAGGAAGUGGGGCCCUGAUUAACACUCACCAGGCCCUAGCCUGCCUUUCCUCACAGCUGCAAACUGCAAUUGAUGACUCUGCUGCCUCCGUAGCAUCUCUCCAGCGACAAGUCACUUCGGUUGCUCAAGUAGCCUUACAAAACCGAAGAGCUCUGGACCUGCUUACGGCUGAACAAGGAGGGACCUGCAUCUUCUUACAGGAAGAAUGUUGUUACUACAUCAAUGAAUCUGGGAUAGUAGAAACCCGCAUCGAAAAUCUCCAGAAAAUCAAGGCAGAGCUACAAAGUCACCAGUUCACCACUGAAGCCACCGCAUGGUGGUCGUCAUCCAUGUACACCCUCCUAUCCCCACUGAUAGGGCCUCUGCUUAUCAUCUGUCUUUUCUUACUUGUCGCCCCUUGUUUCUUUCAGUUCUUGCAGCGCCAUUUCCAGGAGCUCACCCGGAUCACUAUCAACCAGAUGCUGCUACAACCAGUCCCCAGCCAUCCAGAUUGCGCGAGUCAGGAAUGUUCGGUAGAAAGUCCCGCCACCCUCCCCCCAGGCUUCCUGCCGUCAGGAGGAAAACCCUCAGGCGCUGCUCUGUUCUGCCCGACAACAACCAGGAGCCAAUCAUCGCAGCAGAAAAGCCCGCCAAGCCUCGGCCUAUCCUGAACCGACACAUAACCCUCUGAGCUACCUCAGCAGUCUGCCCAGAGACGGACAGCCUAUCCUAAGCUCCUAUGACAUUCCGCCAGCCCUGUGUCCACACCCCGUCCACCCCCCUAUAAGAACCCUCCUACCCCAGCUACGCAGUCACAGCCAGCCCAGAUCUCCUUCCUUUCCUGGCCUGCCCGCUGGUCCCAAUAAACCUGAACUCGGCUUCCAACUCUCGAGCUGUUACUUGGGAUCGGGUACCGGGCAGGGGUCUACAAGGGGGUCGCACAGUUAGGAAGAGGGACAUCCCAUUUCCUGAGCCUUUGGACACUCUUCAGCAGUGUGCCAGGGAAGUUCCAAAUUUUACCUUAUCCAACUACGGGUCGUAUUGAGUCUAGGCCUUAAGUAACUCAGUACAUUUAUUAUUCCUCUCCACGGUGUUCAAGCCAACCCGCUAAAUCUUAAAUACUGUGGCAAGAAAUGUGUCCCAUUGAGCCUUCUAUUUUGUGCAACUUGCCGAAUCGUUCUUGUGCUCUCCACAUAUGCACCACAUGCUCCUGCAGAAAUAGAUUUGUGAGACUUUAUCUUUCCUCAAUGGCUAUCUCCUCAUAUAGGCCUUUACGUCUCAGAAGAGGUGGUGCUGGGAUGAACCUCUUUAAUAAUAUGCAGCAGCAACGAUGUCAGUGGUAGCUCUGAGGUACCUAAGCUUCAACUUUUGGGGCCAGUUAUCCAGAUGAAGUUACAGAAAGACUUUCAUGCAGAGGAGGAAUCAGUUUCUUCAAAAAGGGGAGGGAGGUCUGUCUCCAGUGGCAAGUGAGGUUUAGGGAAACUUUGAAAGUUGAAAUUCUUGGCCUUAUCCAUACCUGCGAAAAUUUCCUCAUGUUCUAAAGUCCUAUUUCUUCCUUU